GUGACAUUUUCCUGAAGAAGUUUUAUGUAUAGGCGUUAUUGUGUUAGCGAUAGAUACUACUUGGGUGGUUUUAGUAAAAUCAUUUUACUCUGUCUGGUUUUGAUACAAAAUUAACUAUGGUAUUGAAAAACGAGCAUAAAUUAAUGGCGAACACAACAUUUUUGAAAAUUAUCGGAUUCUACCAAUUAUUCAACCCACGCAGUCCAAAAUUGUUUGGUUACCACAUUUUUAAAUGUAUAGCUGCAAUACAAAUAUUUAUUUUCACUAUGACACUAUUUGGGUUUAUUGUGAGCAUAUACAGCUGCCUAAGCGACGUAAUUGAGGGAAUGAGAUGUUUUUGGUUGUGUGUGAUAGGUAUGAUUACAAUUUAUAAAUACAGUUACAUAAUUUGUUACUCAGAUACCAUAUGGAAAUGUAUACAAUUAACGUCCGCCGAAGGUUUAUCAUAUAAGUAUUACAGCAGACGUAUACAUGAAAAUGGUCGAAAGAAAUUGGAAUGGGUUUCGACAUUUUUUAUGGUUUUGUGGAUUGUGAAUGUUGUAUUUUGGAUAUCGACACCGUUCGUUGUAAAAAACUCUUACACGAUAGUAAAGGGGAGAAAUGAGAUUUACCACUAUCGACUAAACAUAAUUAAUAUAAUUUAUCCAGUGACCGAUAAAUUCUACAACGACAAUUUUACAAUGUUUUACACUAUCGAAUGUACAAUAAUGUUUGUUUGGGCUCACGCUACAUUGAUUUAUGAUGUAUUUAUAAUUGUAAUCUGUAUUGCAACUGCAUAUCAGUUAAAGGCUAUUGGAAAUUCGUUUAAUACACUUGGCAACGUAGAGAAUCAAUGUAUGAGUAACCGAAUGCCAAUAGUUAGACAUGAUGAAUCAAAAGUCCUAGAUGUGAAGAUUUUGAUUAAGGAUCAAAAAAAAGUGGUAGAGAACAUGAAAUAUAUAAACGAAAUAAUUAAGCCAGUAUUAUUUUAUCAAAUAGCUUCUGUGUCAUCAUUAAUAACAUUACUAUCCAUCUUACAAAUAAUGAGGAAUUGUUUCAAUGGUUUUUCAUUGUUAUCUCCAAUGAACUUCAAACUUUUUGUAUUAAUAUCAUCAGAAACAUUCCAUACAUAUUUUAUCUACUACUUAUUUUCCUGUGUCAAUGAACAAUUUAAGCAGACUGCGUAUACAGCUAUAUCGUGGUGUUGUCAAAACGAUGUGCCAAAAACAGAAGAUAUAAACGGUGUUAUUAAUUUAGAAAAUGAUAUAGGUAAUCGUAGUACAAAGUAGGUAGAAAAAAUGUGAUUCCUACUACCUAGUAUUGUUUAGUCAUAAAUAGUAGUAAGUUAUUAAAAUAAACCAAACAUUUUUAGAUAAAUUACUAUUUUUAGAAGUUUGUAGUUUGAAAUAAUCUAAAAAAAAAAUAGAACGUAAAUAUUAAAAUAAUUAUUAUAGUAAUAUGAUACAAUUGUGUAUUAAUUGUGUGUUAAUAUAUUAUAAUUUUAUUAUCUAUAAUCAAUAAUAGAUUUUAUUUUAUUGAAUAUAUUUUUGCAUAAGUAACCCUGCAUCCCUACACUCUAAAUAAUACUAUAUAUAUUUUUUUUUUUUAUUAGUUAACCCGCGGCAACUUAGGCCAUUUGGUGGUUUUUAAACUGUGGGGGAGGGAACAGUAGGUGUAAUUACAGUUUUGGCAGAUCUUCAAGUGGGCACCCGUUGCAGGUAUCUGCCAUGCCCGGGUGAGGGACGGCGGCACUAGUCCUCCGGACACCAUGACUUGCUCGAAGAAAAAUGCCGCCCGUGUACCGAGGUUUGAACCAGCGUCGGUGUGCGUCACAACCGACGCCUUGGUCCGC